GGUGAUUUGUCGUCUGUGUGUGGUCUGUGUUUGUAAAUGUAAACAAACAGUUGCUGUUUUUUAUUUUAACGCCAGAAAGAAUAAUUAAUAAGGUCUAUAGAUCAUGAAUGACGAAUUAGAUUUUGUUUCUAAAUUACCAGCGAGAAACCUGAUUGAUCCCAACGCCUUUGAUGUGUCCAUGAGUGCAGUAUUGAUCGGUCUUGGCGCUGAAAAAUAUAUCGAUAUUUUUAGAGAACAUAAUAUUGGCCAGUGCACACUAAUCGAAUUGACCGACGAAGACUUGGAAAAAUUAGGUGUCACUGAUCCAGAAAUCAGAAAAAAGCUAAUAGAAGAAGUAAAAAAUCUACCAAUUUAUGAGGAUACAGCUGCAAACCAAACGACAGUGAGCCCUAAUUUAAGUGUCAUAGACAUAAUUGAUGUGUUGGAGGAGAGUUCACAGCAUAUGUACAGGAUCUACCUCAGUAUGAUGACUAAUACAUUGGUGUUAAAAAAGCAAAAAACGCCUGAUUGUUUGAUAUACAAAGACAAGUACGCAUCACACAUUGCUGUCACCACACUGAGUCAUAUGACAAAUGUAUUGAACUCAAUGGAAAUAGCCCUCCACACUCAAAUGAAGGUUUAUGUAUCCAUGCACGCGUACUCACAAGCGUGGCUGCUGCCGAGUUCUCACUCGCACGCGUCUUUCGCUGAUGACGGAGUGCUGAUGGAGAUGGGCAAGCUCGCCACCGCCGCCCUCGCGGACAUGUACGGAACCAAGUAUCAGGUUGGAACGGCGGCAGAAAUCCGACAACCAGCUACAGGAAUGUCCCACGAUUGGGCAAAGGCCCGCGCCGGCAUCAAGUUCUCCUACCACGUGGAUCUGCGAGAUUCCUUCGGACCCUAUGGGUUCCUACUACCCGGCUCACAGAUAGUAUCCACGGCGCGUGAAACUUGGCAGGCUGUUAGAGCAAUUGUAGAUAAUUUAUCACCUGGGUUUAAAUAAUAAUUUGUUUUAUAUAACUAAAUUAACACAUUCGAUACGAUACGAGAUCUAAAUGACUCUAUACGUGUCUUACAGUAGAAUGGGGAUGAUGACUAGGUUUGAAUAUAUUGAUUUUUAUGAUACAUUCGGGUAAAUAGGGUCAAUGUUAACUAAUUUAUACAUAAAAAGCAAAGAUUGACUGGAUAUUUGCAAAAUAAAUGAGAUUAUAGAAUUUCAAAAUCUAUUUAAAAUCUUUUAUCGUAAUUAGAUGAAAAUUCAUACAGAUUAAGCUUCCUUACAUUAAAUGUGUCAUUUUUUAAUAUAUGAACUAUAAACAUAAACGCACAAAUAACAAAGAUAUUAGUAAUUUUGUUUGAACGCACAUACAAAUCUAACGAUCAUUAGGUACAUUACAUACGACGUCAUUAGUUCGUGCCAUUUUGUAUGGAGCGUUUUACAGGGAUCCGCGGCAACGCCGCAAAUCUGACCCUUUAAAUCCCUGUAGCUCCGAAAGUAAUGAUCGCAGAUACCCUGUUACUUUUACAAAAUUGCUUUACUAUUAGCAUACUCUUAAUUUAUAUACAAUUUAAAAAAACUGUCAUCAUUCCUAUUCAUAGACGUUGUAGGGGCAACCCCAGGUGAUCAUUCAGCCGCUGACUGUCGAUUUUAACCUCUAAUUGUUUGACUGGGGUGCCCCUACAACGUCUAUGAAUUCCACUGUUAGUUACAGUACGGUUGUCUAGAGAAAACAUACUUCAUUAUCGGACGACGAGUAUACGAAUAUUGAAGGGUUUUACAUGUUCCCGGGGUUCCGUGUGCUUCACUUGGUUAGAGUAAAAAUAUCUUGGUGGACGUGUGGCCUAAUCACGGCCUAAUACAUGUCGCACAAAGUGAAGACAUAAAGUACGGGGUCAAAAAGACCCCGUGCCAUCACAAUAAAAGUUUUAUUAUUCUGAUUGACCUGCAUUGUUAUAAUAGAGUAUUUGUCCACAAUUUUUAUUACAAACUACAUACAUUCUAGAUAUCUACAUUACCUUUUAUCGAUAGGUACAUAUUAUAGGCCAGACCAGACCAGACCUUAGCCAGAUGUUCUUUAAUGGCAUUAAACGAUAAAUAUAAAAUACACCCACUGAAUCCUAUCGCUUUACAGACAAACUUAAUAAUGUACUAGUCUUUUCUUUUUGUUAGAAUAUAAUAUUUACGCUCCUUUUUCCGUGUGACCCUGCGUAAUUAAAAAAGCUUAAAUUAUCAAGUGCAUGAAAAUCAGUAAAGUACCUACUUAUGUUCAAUGAGUUUUAGUUUUUAACCGAUAUCCAAAAAGGAGGAAGUUCUAUGUUAUGUAUGUACCUAUGUUCUUUUAUUAAAUUAUACUGACCGUAGGUUAGGAAGGUACUCGUACCUACAUAUAUAAAGGGGUAAAGUUUCUAGAAUACCGUGUUCUUAAUGUUUGGUUCGUGGUCGUUUUUAAAGUGUGAUUUUUAUAAUUAUUUAAUUAUAUAGCUAUCAAAGAACUUUCUGUAAAUUGUAUGCCUUUUCACACUGACUGGAUUUUGGCCAUGCGCAAUCGUGUCUGCGCACUUCAUUAUUGGGGCUAUUAGAAAUUAGGGCUUACGCCCAUUGUCUUGCUGCACCGCCUUGCAAUACAAUUUUGUCGAGUCGUGGCUCUACUAUUAAUACGUGAUUGUAAAUAAUAUAAAAUACCCUUAGUAGGAAUGUUAGUUUAGAUGUUCCUAAUAGAAUUUAAUCUUAAAUAAUUGCAUAGUUUGUAAGAUUUUUUAAAAAUCAUAUUGCAUUUACUAUUUGAUUUAUUUUAUUUUGUAAUUUGGUACGUAAGGAUGCUUAUUUAAUACGAUUAGGUUGUUUUAAUAAAUAUUGAUAAAA